CGAAAAGAUUCUCCCUCCCUACCAUCGCAUCCGCCCAAACGCACGCGCGCGCACGCCUGCAGCUGCCGCGUAGCCAGCCAAGCCAAUCUCGAUCGCUUAAACAAAACCCACCCAAAUUUAAGCAAUCCCGAUCCAUAAGGGCACCAGACGAAAAGGGUGGCAGGUGCGUGUGCGGCCGUUGGAAAUUUCGCUUCGCAGCAGCGUCCGCCUCGUCGUCUCCUCCUCCUCCUCCUCCCCCCCUUCGUCAAUCCAUCCAAUCCUCAUGGCCGUGCGCAGGGACGCGGCGCCGGCGACGUGCGUGGGGAGAUGAUGCUAGGUGAGGUGAGAUGGGCAUGAGGUGCAAGAAGCACCCGCACCAGGCCGGCGGCGGCGUCUGCGCCACGUGCCUCCGCGACCGCCUGCUCGCGGUUGCCGCGGCCCGGAACGGCGCGUCCUCGCCCCCACCGCCGCAGGCCCCUCCGGUACCCGAGCCCGUGGCGUUCCCGAGGUCGGUGUCGCCGUACGUGUCCCGCAGGAAGUCGGACUCGUCAGGCGGGCGCGGCGCGCUCAGGCACCACCCGAGCCUGCUCUUCUUCCGCACGCCACAGGUGGGGCCCGCAUACGGCGGCGGCGGCGCGCUCGAGGAGGGCGACAUAGGCUACGAGUACGAGAAGCGGCGCGCCGGCAAGUUCUCGUUGCUCGCCACGCUCUUCGGCCACCACCACCACAGAUCGGAGGACAAGCAUCAGGGAGGCGCCAAGGAGCGCAAGAAGCACUCUUGGUUCGCCGGGAUCAUGCCGCGCCGCCGUAAGAAGCAGGCCCCGGCAGCCCCCGCCUCGCCGCCGUCCGCCCCGCCGAGGCGCUCGUGCCGCGUGGUCAGCAACCGGGGGCUCUCGCCGGAGAGGAACAGCCACGGCGGCAGCGGCGAGGAGAGCAGCUCGCCCGCGGAUCCCCCUUGGCGGCCAUCCCCUUCCCCGAUGCGGAGGACCCCGUGCCGGCGCCGCCAGACUAACAGCAUGUCGUCGGGCUUCGCCGUCUGCCUCAGCCCGCUCGUGCGGCCCAGCCCGGGGCGCCGCCACCGCGCCGUCCAACCGCCGGACCAGUGCACAUUCUCCUGCGAGCUCCGGCCAUCGCAGCUCCACAGCCUCUCCUCCGCCGCCUCCAUUACUCGCUGCCGGUCCAGGAAGCUCGCCGACGGCAGCCGCUUCCAGUGACCUUUUACUUUUCAUUUCCACCAUUUUGUUCUUUUCUUCCGAUGAUUAUCACCACCUAAACCUCGAUUACUACUUCAUUUUUUAGCUUUUCCCCCCCUUUUUGCAUUUCGUCCAUCUAUGAAGAAGAGUCUGUAAGAUUGGCAUACUCCAAACCACUCCGUUGACAUAUACUGCUUAGGUUGCUACUGCUUGUCAGCCCAACCAUUUUGUGGCAUUGUAACGAGCUGCUUGUAUCCUGUAUUAUCCAUGUUUGUACAGCUAGCUGUCUAAUCUUGAUUUGCAAAAC